GUAAGUGCAGUAUUUGGGGAAGGAAGUGGUAAAGGGGCUGGAGUUCGGCCCAACAGCGUGUUCGUGGCGAUCGGACUCAAAAGACUGACAGAUGGGCGAUGGCGGAUGGGCUUUAUGCACUCCUACAUAAGGUUGGCGGGCAGUGCUAUGAAUGAACACACACUAUAAGCUUUCUGCGCCAUAGUUGUGACUAAGUGCUCAACGGGCGAUUGACUCGGCGCGACGAUUCGUGAAGAUGGGUCAAUGCACAAGCAGCGUCGAGCGACCGGCCGCGUCGCCAGGGUCGGGGCCAGUCGUGUCAACCGUCGGUGACCGCCGCUCGACUCAACAGACUGUUGGAACGCCGACCACCAAGAUGCCGGCAUUGCCCGCCCUCAACUGCAAGCCUUCAAAACCAGACGAGCCAAGCACACGUAAGGCCGCGCUGAUGUCGCCGCUCGCGCCCCCGUCGCCGCUGACGGACACGACCCAAGGCGACGCAUCCCCGCGGUCCAUGGACGAUGACGCCGGUCCCUUCUCGCCACUCAGCCAGCCCAGCGCCAUUUUGUCAGGCCCCCCGCGAAAUUUCAGUCGCUUCCGACGGCUGAAGGAAACCUCCCUGGGCGGCGCCAGCAUCGACGGCACCAACCCGCCGCCCUCGCCUGCCUCGGCCGCGCUCGCCGGCGGCAGCGCCCUCGCCUCCGCCCCCACCUCGCCCGCUAGCACCGCCGGCGCCCCGCUGCCCGCCCACUGGGCACCCUCCCCCCGCUCCUCAUGCGGCGGCGCGCCGCCACCGCCUUCUUCCCCCUCCUCCCCACUGUCGCCGCUGCUGCCGCCGUCGCGCCCGUCCGGCACCAAUGGCAGCGUCAGCUUUACUGCCGGCGCGGCGCCGCCGCUGACCAUGCUGCUGGUACGCAAGGCCGCCGCCAACCGCGCCGUCGCCAACCGCAGGGCCAAAUCCAUCUACAAAUCACCCGCCACCGCCGCCGCCGUAGACGCCAUCAAGGCCGCCGCCGCCGCACACGCCGCCGCCGCCGCCGCUUCCGCCGCUGGUGAUGCACAGACGCCGUCAAGCCCUCGCAACAGUCCAUGCAGCCCACGUAGUCCGCGCAGUGCCAACAGUCCGCGCGCCCGCCGGCGGUCCGCGGGCUCACUGGCGCCCGUGGCCAACCUUCGCGAGCUGCGCAGCCUGCAAGACCAACAGGAGCUGGGCGGCGGCGGCUUUGACCCGGCGGCACCCACUCCGUCGGAGCAGCACGACGAGGGCAGCGGCGCCGCUGCCGCCGCCACCGUUGGCGAGCUGCCCUGGUCAGCCGUCUUCCUCAGCGUCGGCGGCCGGCGCGACAGUGUUGGCGGCGCCAGCACCGUCAGCGAGCCCUGCAGCGCCGACGGCGCCGCCGCAGCCACUGGCCCCGACGCCUCCGGCGGCGCCGCCGCCAGCCCCCGCCGUUACCGCUGCCGUGAGCCUACCCCUGACAGCCACUGCGGCGUCAUGCCCGGCGCCGGCCCCGACUCCCCAGCCUCGUCUGCAUCUGGCGGCACCAGCGCCCGCGUUGCUGCCGCCUGUGGCAGCGCCGCUGCCAACUCGCCCCGAGUGGCGGCGGUGGCGGCCCUGACACCCCGCUGGCGCAGCUCUCUAGGCGGCGCCUCCCUCGGCGGCUCCUUCUCCCUGGCGCCCGCCAACACGCCCUCCGCCGCCAGCGCCGCCACCGGCGGCGGCAUUGGCGCCGCGCCGUUCUCGAUGGCGGCGGCCGACAGCGUGAUCCCGUACGAUGCAUGGUACGACACGUACGAUCUGUCGGACGAUGAGGAGGCUUGGGACGAGCAGUACGACCACGAUGGCGGCGCCGGCGCUGCCGCUCAGCCGUGUGAGCGGUACGAUGUUGUGGACGCGGCGGCGGAGGCGAUUGAUGCCAACGCGGCCCCUGCCGGCGUGUGGCUGCUGCGCCGCGGGCCCGUGCUGGCUCGUGUGGCGACGCCGGACGCGCCCGCGGGCACACCCACCUCUGCCGCCGGCGUGGCUGAAGCGGGGUAUGGCGAGUGGGCUUCAGACGAGGAAGAGGCGGAGGAAGAGGAGGAGCGCGUGAGGGUGGAGGAGGAGGGAGCCGCGGAAGUGCCAGCAGGCGCGGCCCUGUACACGCUGUCUGAAGAUGAAGAGGCGGGCGACGCGGACACCGAGUCGGAGGCCGACGAGGCCGAUGAACAUGAGGCAGCAACAGAGGCGGAGCCAGAGGCGGGCGAGCAGGCUGUGGCGGCCGAGGUGGAGCGGGUCGAGCCAGUGGAUCCCGCCCGCGCCGUCAGCCCCGUCAGCCGGCUGCGUGCCGGCAGCCGCAGCUCGCGCCGCUCCUGUGACGCGCGGCUCAUGGCGGCGCUGGUGCAGCUGCGACUGGAGGUCGCGGCGGCGGAUGCGGCGGGUGCGGCGGCGGAGCAGCGGGCGGGUGGCGCCUCGACACAGAGCCCGCUGGUGGAGGCCUCGGGCCGGCUGCCACAGCCGCAGCCGAGGCCGCAGCCGCCGCAGGCACCAGUAGCAACUCAUCCGCCGUUGCGGCGACAGCUUACGGACGGGGCCCUGGCUCGCUAUGAGUCGCGCUGGCCGGCGCUGCCGCCCGUGGCGACGGCAGGCUUGGGCGGUGGCGGCGGUGGCGGCGGCGUCGCGGUCGCCACGGCCGCUGCGGCAGGCAGCGCCACCAAGUCUGCUCCGCUGCCACGACCCCAGCUGGUGCUGCCACGGCCGCCAUCGGCCUACAACUCCAGCAGCAAGGGUGUGGCGGGUAUCUAACCACCGGUUCUAGGCUUCUAGGGCUGAUGGGUAACCACCGAUAAGCGUCUGACAUGAGGUGGUGUGGAGGGGGCGUGCGUGCGUCGUGGUCAGCGUCAAGGGCAACGGGCGGUCCCCGCCGAGCCCCUUGCAGGAGGGGGCCAUGAAGCCUCGUGGCAUAAGUAGAGAAGGUUUGCGUGGUUGUGGCGUACAUGACGGCGAGAGCCUCGCCGCGAGGCGGUGGCGUACAAGUUGGGUGUCGCGGUUCCAUUUCGUCAUGGCUGUGUGGCACCCGUGAAAAUGGUUGACUUCUGUAUCUCUUUCUGUAUCAUUAUACUGUAUGCAUCGAGCACGAGCCAUUUGUUUGGAAGUGGUGCGCCCUCAUGAUGUUCGCGAUCGACAGACGACAGAUGCGAUCCACUCUUGCGCAAACCAGAAUGAGGGUUCAUGCCUUGUAACACUGCUGCGAGCAAUAUAUCAAGUACGGUGACAAUUCACCUGCAAGAAUGCACUCGGCCACAAAACGUAAAUGGAAAUUCG